AUGACAACAAAAGAUGAUAAUAUAAAAAAUGAAAACGAUAUAGAUGAAUUAAAGAAAUUGAACGAACUUUUUUCUAAACGUUAUACUAAUGAAGAUGAUGAAUAUGUUCAAAUGAUUCAACGUUCAAAUAGUCCACCAGUCGUUCAUGAUUGGAAUCAAGAAAGAAAUACUCAUCGACCACAACAAUUUAAUCAUAAUAAUCAUCACCGACGUUAUUUUUCAAAUGAUCGUCAAUCACAUCGAAAUUCUUCCAAUCAUUAUCAUUCAUACCGAAAUCGUAGUCGAAGUCCUCAUCAUCGUGAUACACGUCGAUAA